CGUUGAUUGGGCAUCAAAUGUUUUAAAAGCAUGCGACGAAGGAUAAUUCUCUUUCCACAUCUGCAGAAACCAAGCCUAAGCACCCGAAACCAUGGCAUCCAACGCCUCAAUCCCGGCCCUAAUAGUGUCCAAAUCAGAAAGCACACACAACCUUGAGGAUGGCAUUCCAUUUGCAUCUGAAAAUCUCCAUGUGGGCGAGACUUAUCUCAAGCUGGAUAAAAUGCUCUUCAGAAUUACGCCUGAUGCGAAGAAAGGACCACCAUUAGAGGGGGAUGUGAUUACUGUUCUAAGCAAGCAAGGUGGUCGGUUGGUUCUUGAGCGAGAUUAUUCUUAUGUUUCCAAGGGUGGAACAGCUGUAAGGCGCUUUGAGGUUGAAGCUAUGAAGCUGGUAGCAAAGCACACCUCUGUCCCUCUUCCUGAGGUUAUUUACAGCCUCAUAAGUGAUCGCAGCGGCGAGAUUGGGAUGACAACUAUUCCAGGCACUACACUAGAAAGCCUAUGGGAUAAGUUGAACAGUGAAACAAAAAAGUCUAUAUGCUGUGAGACAUGGGAUCAAAUCGCCAAACUCCGAGAAAUCUCACAACCACCUGCCUUUAAACAGUUCUUCCAGUGUCUUGCUGACGGCUCGCCAACUCUUGACCCUCUAAUUGAAGACUUGGACCGCUGUGGAACCCCUUUAUACACAGACGAAGAUGUCAGAGCCCGAAUAUACCACCGCUACCUUCAUUUUGGUGGUCUGCGAUAUAAAAAUGAGCUACCAGACAUGCUCCCUCGAUCGUCCUGUACGGUUUUUACACACGCCGACAUUGCCCCACGCAACAUCAUGGUUGAUGACCAUUAUCACAUUACCGGCAUCCUCGACUGGGAGUAUGCCGGCUGGUACCCUGAUUACUGGGAGUAUGCGCAGAUCAUGAGGCCUGCUUGCCAGACAGGUGAUUGGCAGAAAUGGAUGGAUCUCACUGCGCCCCGUAAAUGGGAUAUCUCGGGAAUAGCAGCAGCGAGACGAAUUUUAUUUUGAUAACUGCUACAAACUUGUAAAUAAAUAGUACUACUACCAUGAUUUAGCUGACAACACAUGGUUUUGAUUGAGAUGUGGUCACCCGUCAAUCCAGUCGCCUAUUCAUCCCUGCGCCCGUCAUCCAUUACGCCCGAGAAUUGCUGACUAGUGGCUCAAGAUAUCAGUUGAAUCUUUGUUCAAUAAGCUAUUCCCAUGCUAUAUCUAGACUUUGUGAGGCAGACUUGGAAAACCUGCACAGUUUAACUUUCAUUGACCUGGAGCUCCUACAAUCCUAACUAUGGAGUUCAAAGAAGCUUUCCUCUAAAUGUUUUUCAAGGAUCUUCAACUCUUUUUGCCUAUCCUAUCUACUAUUUGGCUCUAAAGUGAUGAGUUUGACCUCCUCAUCUAAGAAUACUAGAACAUCUAUGAGUGUGAAGAGGUGGCUGAGAUUGCAUACAAUAUGACAUUUCACAACCUGAUGGCAGACAUUGUCUACAAAUGUCUUCAUAUCAACCUAGAACAACUUUCAGUGCUGGUGUGAGAAGUGUUGACUUCUAAGCUCUGACCUUAUAAUACACAGCUAGUCCGGCCUUGGCUUCUUCACAGGCUUGUUGCUCCAUAUUCAUGACAACAUGAUUCUGCAAAGAGUCUAGAAGCUUCGCCAAAUCAUGAGGUGUGUUGCUGAUGUGGAUCUUGCCCCAAAUCUGUUUGUAUUCAGCCAGGUUCUUGAGAAAACACUUCCAGAAGGCUAGUAUGUAUGGGCAAGAAGAAUAAAACAAAGAAAAAAGAGAUCAUGAUGGUCAUGGGAGUUCAAUACCUCUUCUAAAGAUGACUGAUGCUGAUGUAAAGCCAUGAUUGAUAAAAUUGAUAAAGAGGUUGUGGUAGGCUCUGCGUGAAGAAAGUGGAAUGGAAAACUGUCAGCUUUGUCUGUAUUUAAUAGAUACAUGUAACUUGUCAUAAGAUAACCUUUUUGACACGGCGGUUGAUCAUUGUCUCGGUAUAUGAAGAACUCACAUUCCAUUAGUUUUUGGACUGAAAAUGAACCAGUGGCUUGUCCUAGCAUUUACUCAGGGAGUUCCUGGAGUUACAGUUCCUGAGUCAGAUCAUCAAGAGACCUGUUCCGGCUCUUAAGAAGUGCUUUAUGGGCUUCUAGACGCGACUUUUAUGGUACUAAAUAAAACACAAAAUGAUCACACGAUUUUCAUGGCGAAUCCAUGGCAGGGGAUCCAGACGACUACGCAACGUGUGAUAUCUAUGGGUAAUGUGCUUACAGAAA